AUGGACAGGAGGACCAGGAGAGGACCUGCAGCUCUCUGCUGUGUGCCAGAGGAGAGGUCUGCUGCUCUGCAGGAUGCUGCCAGGAUGGGGGCCAACAACGCAGCAUGGGAGGCAAUCUGUGUGCGGGAGAUCUUCACCUCCUACUUCUUCGAAGAGGGUGCUUUGGACGAGGAGAGGAAGCAGCUGGCCAGACACCUGCCACUGACAGGGAAGUCUAGCCACGCGCCACAGAAGCCGUCCAUCUCCACCGCCCCCAGUAGAUCGGGAUCUACGGCAAGGCGUCGUGCCCGGCGUCAGGCGUCGGCCUCGAGCAGCAGGCGAGUGGGCCCCGCCCCCCCAGCGGCACCUGAGGCUCCGACGAUUCCGCCGGCGAGAGAGGUGAUAAGAGCGUCGACCUGGCAGCACCCAAAGGAUGCACAGCCUAACUUGAGGUUUCCUCCAUACAACAACCCCCAACCCCACGAUACAGCCUCUAAGCCUAGGCAGCCACAAUGGCCAGAGCCCCAGUGGCCACAGCAGCAGACUCCCCACAGGCCAGAUUCCCAGGGGCCACAGCAGCAGACUCCCCAGUGGCCACAGCUGCAGACUCAUCAGAGGCCAGAGCCCCAGUGGCCACAGCAGCAGACUCCCCACAGGCCAGAUUCCCAGGGGCCACAGCAGCAGACUCCCCAGUGGCCACAGCUGCAGACUCCUCAGAGGCCAGAGCUCCAUUGGCGACAGCUGCAGACUCCUCAGAGGCCAGAACCCCAGGGGCCACAGCUGCAAACUCCCCAGAAGCCAGAACCCCAGGGGCCACAGCUGCAGACUCCUCAGAGGCCACAGCCCCAGAAGCCACAGCUGCAGACUCCCCAGAGACCAGAGCCCCAGGGGCCACAGCAGCUGAAUCCCCAGAGGCCAGAGUCCCAGGGGCCACAGCUGCAGACUCCCCAGAGGCCAGAGCCCCAGGCGUUACCUAUGCAGACUCAGAGGCCAGAGUCCCAGGGGCCACAGCUGCAGACUGCUCAGAGACCAGAACCCCAGAGGCCACAGCAGCAGACUCCCCAGAGGCCAGAGCCCCAGAGACCACAGCAGCAGACUCCCCAGAGACCAGAGCCCCAGAGGCCACAGCAGCAGACUCCCCAGAGGCCAGAGCCCCAGAGACCACAGCAGCAGACUCCCCAGUGGCCACAGCAACCAGAGCCCCAGAGGCCACAGCAGCAGACUCCCCAGUGGCCACAGCAGCAGACUCCUCAGAGGCCAGAGAUCCAGGGGCCACAGCUGCAGACUCCCCAGAGACCAGAGCCCCAGAGCCCACAGCUGCAGACUCCUCAGAGGCCAGAGACCCAGGGGCCACAGCUGCAGACUCCCCAGAGGCCAGAGCCCCAGGGGCCACAGCUACAGACUCCCCAGAGACCAGAGCCCCAGAAGCCACAGCAGCAGAUUCCCCAGUGGCCACAGCAGCAGACUCCUCAGAGGCCAGAGACCCAGGGGCCACAGCUGCCGACUCCCCAGAGGCCAGAGCCCCAGGGGCCACAGCUACAGACUCCCCAGAGACCAGAGCCCCAGAGGCCACAGCAGCAAACUUCCCAGUGGCCACAGCUGCAGACUCCCCAGAGGCCAGAGCCCCAGUGGCCACAGCUGCAGACUCCCCAGAGGCCAGAGCCCCAGUGGCCACAGCUGCAGACUCCCCAGAGGCCAGAGCCCCAGUGGCCACAACUGCAGACUCCCCAGAGGCCAGAGCCCCAAUGUCAAGUAGAGGCUCAGUAUAAAGUGCAAUGUGGAACCCCUGAUAUUACUCAGGCUCAAUGUCAGGCUAUCGACUGCUGCUUCAAUGGACAGCAGUGCUACUAUGGGAAGGCAGUGACUGUGCAGUGUACCAGGGAUGCUCAGUUUGUGGUGGUGGUGGCCAGGGAUGCCACUUGGCCCAAAAUAGACAUUGAUUCCAUCAGUCUGUUGGGGGGAAAUGACAGCCCCUGCAGUCCUGUUGGCAUCACUUCAGCCUUCGCCAUAUACCAGUUCCCUGUCACUGCCUGUGGCACCACUCUGAAGGAGGAAAGUGGUUAUAUGGUUUAUGAGAACAGGAUGGCGUCUUCCUAUAAAGUGGGGAUGGGACCUCGAGGCUCUAUCACCAGGGACAGCCAUUUUGACCUGCUGUUCCAGUGUAAGUACUCUGCCACUGCGGUGAAGGCUUUGGUUAUUGAGGUGAACACUGUUCCUGCACCCGCUCCUGUUGCUGCUCUGGGACCCCUCAGAGUGGAACUCAGACUGGCCAAAGGAACAUGCGACACCAAGGGAUGCAAUGACGAGUCCAGAGCCUUCACAUUGUAUUACACUGAAGAAGACUACCCUCUCACUAAAGUCCUGAGGCAGCCUUUGUAUGUUGAGGUGCGCAUCCUGGAGAGGAAGGAUCCCAACCUGGUCCUGAUGCUGGAGCACUGCUGGACCACCUCUGCCCCCAGCCCUGUCAGCAUGCCCCAGUGGGAUCUCCUCAUUGAAGAAUGUUCCUACCAGAAUGAUAAUUACCUGACUACCAUGGUCCCUGUGGAAGGUUCCUCUGGCCUUCUGUACCCCAACCACUACAAACGCUUCACCCUCGAGAUGUUCACCUUUGUGGACCACACUCUGUCUCCCCAGAAAGAUCGGAUUUUCAUCCACUGUAGUACAUCUGUGUGCUACCCUACUCCAGGGGUCUCCUGUGAACCGAAAUGCAACAGGCAAAGGAGAGAUGUUGCUGCUGCUCAGAGGAAGACUAUACAGACUGCUGUGGUCUCCAGUGGAGAAGUGGUCCUGGUUGACAAAAAGCCUGUCUACCCUUCAGACCACUAAUACAACCAGCUACAGUUUGUAAUGGGGAAUGAAAUAAUGUACUCUGUACUUCCAUACCCGUUACAGCAGAGGUUUUGAAAAGCACCAGCAGUCAUUUUUCUUGCCGAUACUUUCUUCGUUCUUGAUUUGGAAGAAACUUGUCUCUUAUAAAUGUAUAUGUGUCCAGUUGCAGGUGGUACUCCAAAAAUCUAAGAAUAUUCAGAAAGAAAUUAAAUCCACCUUUUGCACCAAGUGAGGAGUUACUUCGCCAUUUUAGCUGCCAGACAUCUUGCAUUUCCCAACAUCUUUGUAGGAACUAGUCGUUUCUAUGUGACGUGGCCGCGGCUGACAGCAUGUCACACAGUGCGACCAAAACAAAGAUCUACACACAUGCAAGAGGCAUUUCUCAAUCUAUACAAAAC